UCUCGCGGAGCUGUCCCUUUCAGGACCACCUACAAAAUAUUUAACGUGGUAGUACGUGUUGCUGCACAGCAACGGAGAGCGCGCGAAGGAUCUGUGGAAUUUGCUUCGUCAAAGAUAAAGACGUGGAAAAUGGAACAUCGUUGAAGCCUGCCCUUUUUCUCAGCACAUCAGAAACCAAAUGCAGUAGAACGCUGCUUUUUGCUAAACGAGUGAGAUUGUGCUAUGGGAAGGAAACCCCUCAAUCUCAAACAAUGCCUGACAUAUAAACGUCUAGGCGGCAUGAGUGAGGAUUCUGGGAGACGGUUGGUUCACCCUCAGUCUCAGCUCACAUGAGUCAGUUUAAUGGAAACACCGGGCUAAUUUCUAUCAUCGGAAACACAGACGUUUCAUACAAUCUGCAACCAGUCACAAUCACACGAGCAGCCUCAAGACAUGACUGGACAGAGUCUCAAGGAUUCAAACGUAGCCCAUACUGAGAAUAGCGCCAUUAGCAUCAAUGUCGGAGGCUUCAAAAGGCGACUUCUCUCUAACAUACUGUCUCGCUUCCCUGAGACACGUCUUGCCCGUUUGCUUCGAUGUCAGUCAAAAGAAUCCAUCCUUGAACUGUGUGACGACUAUGAUGAUGCCGAAAAGGAGUUCUACUUUGAUCGUAAUCCUGCUCUUUUCCCCUAUGUUUUGAAUUUCUAUAACACAGGCCGUUUACAUGUUAUGGCAGAGCUCUGUAUUUUCUCAUUCAGCCAGGAAAUUGAAUAUUGGGGCAUCAAUGCGUUUUUUAUUGACUCCUGUUGCAGCAACACCUGCCACUGCAGGAAAAUGGAGCCAGACCGGGAGGAAUGGGAAGACAAAAGUGAUGAAGUGAGCACUACUUCUUCCUUUGAUGAAAUCUUGGAAUUCUACAGCGAUGCUGCAAAGUUUGACAAGCAGCCACUGGGGAGUGUCAGAAGGAAAAUGUGGCUGAUGUUGGACAACCCCGGCUACUCCAUACCUAGCCGAAUCAUCAGUGUGUUCUCUAUUCUGGUGGUGCUGGGAUCCAUAGCCACCAUGUGUAUGAACAGCAUGAGUGAGUUUACCCUGUUGGACAGUGAAGGCCUCCCUCAAGAGGACACACGUUUUGAGACCGUGGAGCAUUUUGGAAUAGGCUGGUUCACUUUUGAGCUAGUUGCUAGGUUUAUGGUGGCACCGGACCUCCUGCACUUCUUCGAACACCCACUGAACAUGAUUGACCUGAUAUCCAUUCUGCCCUUCUACCUCACGCUCCUAAUUGACCUAGUGGCUGAGAGCAGUCCUGCUCUGGCCAACCUGGGCCGUGUAGCACAAGUGCUUCGGUUGAUGCGGAUCUUCCGAAUCCUAAAGCUGGCGCGUCACUCCACAGGCUUGCGAUCACUUGGAGCUACACUGAAAAACAGCUACAAGGAGGUGGGACUGCUGCUUUUAUACCUGGCAGUAGGGGUGUCCUUCUUCUCAGUGAUGGCCUACACCAUCGAAAAAGAGGACAAUGACGGACUUACCACCAUCCCAGCCUGCUGGUGGUGGGCCACGGUUAGCAUGACCACAGUGGGCUACGGAGAUGUGGUGCCAGGGUCCAUUGCAGGAAAGCUCACUGCCUCAGCCUGCAUCCUGGCAGGCAUCUUAGUGGUAGUGCUGCCCAUCACACUUAUUUUCAACAAGUUCUCUUUGUUCUACAAAAGACAGAAGCAGCUGGAGAUUGCCAUGAUGAGCUGUGAUUUCGAUGAGGGUAUUAAGGAAGUGCCCUCUGUGAACCUGAGGAACUAUUAUGCUCAUAAAGUAAAGUCUCUUAUGGUCAGUCUGUCCAACAUGAGUCGCAGUUCCCCCAGUGAUCACAGCCUGAAUGAGUCUCUGCAGUAGUUCAGGUAUCUGAAAGCAAACUCCUCUGUAUGGCUACAUGAGAAUAUCAGUUUAAGUGUAGAACAUUCAGUUGUACCAAAUAGUUCUGUCCUACCAGCAAAACAUACUCAUCUGAUAUGGACCAGAUUUGCUUAGUUCAGUUUUACUUUCUGAAACUCUAACCCAUUUGUAUAUUUGCCAUCUAAGGUCCUGAGAAUAGUCUGUUUUUCACAAUAACAGAAUGCAGGUGUUGAUGCAGAGUUAGAUUUUUUUCUUUGCACCAAUUAUAACCACUGUGUUUUAAAUAAAUAAAUCCCCACAGAGUUCUAGACUUUUAGACAUCCAGUAUCUACUAAUUCAUUGAAAUAUGGACACAGUCCUAUUUCAGUUUUCAUACAAUGGUUUAUACCCCAUUGGUUCAGUGAAAUUCGGUCUGUAACAAUGUUUCUUUCUCUGUUGGAGUUUUGUAUUUGAAUGCUGACAAAGUUUAUUCAGUGCUACAUACUCUAGAUAUAGGGUCUCUAGAUGUGCAGGAGGACAUACCCCCUUACUAGUCGUGUCUUAUAAGAGUUUUAUGUUAUUUAAAUGUUGUACAGUGGAAAUACAGUUGCUAAAUCACAUGCAGUUGCUAAAUUACACAAGACAACAGAUUUUUAAAAGAAAUAAUUCUGUAAAUCUCCACAGCUGACACAAGCAGACCUAAUUGAUAUAGAAGGCUGUCAUCUGAGACACAGCAGCAUGAAUAUUGUUACUUGGCAGGCUCAGAAAAGAGCAAAGACUAGGCUUUGUGUUUUGAGGGAGUGGGCACAAUGAUAAAUUUCAAGCAAAAAGCUUUAAGUGUUACAUUCAUUUAUACUGUCACAGUAAUAAAGGCUUGGUGAGGGAAGCAAUAACCUAUACAUGUAUGGCUGAGCUUAUUUGUACAGUUUUAUAAAAAUGCAGGAGUGUGUUUCUUGAUGAAAUUACAGUCUCCUACUAAGCGUUUUUAAGCUAUAUUGCCUCUUGUACAGUUCAAUUCCACUUUUUACUGGAUAUGGUGAGUCACAGAUCCAGUAGAAAGGAGAGUGGAGCUGUAUAAAUAGCAAGAUAACUUCUAAAAGAACAUAGAAGCACUCUUUUUAAGUUAUAUUCCUACUUAUACAGCUCAACCCCCUUUCUACUGGAUCUGUGACUUGCUAGAUGUGUGAAGCUGUCUAUGUGAAAUAAAACAAGCUAUAAAAGCUUUAACCAGAUUUAGGCAGCGAGACUAUUUUUUGCCAGAGAAGGCGAUGUUUAAAUUCCAGAAUUAAAAUAAAUGAGCUUCAUUUGACAUAACUACUGAACUUCACAAUGAGUUAAAAAGUAAACCAACCUAAGUCUGAUCCAUGUAGGUGCAUUCAAACAUUAGCACCAAAAAUGUUGUAUGACUGACAAAUGGGAACCUAAUUUUGACAGGAUGCUGUUAUGAAAACUGCUGUGAGCUACAAGAGAUCAGCAUGCAGGAUGACAGAUUCAAAGUGCUAGUUCAGCUAGCCACCUGUCAAGCAAAUUGGCUUGAUACCAUUAUCCCUAUGCAAGUGAAUGCAUUUGCAUGCACGAAAAGAUGCAAAAUUUAACAAAUAAACUCUCCCCAACAGCCAGAUGUAGAUGUUUUAUAAAAAAUGUCGCAUGGGAAGCUGGAAUGUGCUGGGAUGCUGAUGUGUUUGUGCUAAUUUAAAUUAACACUGUUGGCAUUUUUUGGGUCUAUGUAAGCAUGGUAUCUAUGUUUGUUCAAAAAGCACUUUAACAAAUUCUUGAGGCUUUUCCAGGCCCUUGCCUUCUUUGUCUGUAUGUUAUACAUCAAAAUGUACUUAAUCCUUGAAGAGGGUUCUUUUUCUUAUUUUCUGGUUUCAGUCAUGCACAGCAGCACUUAAGUGUACUAAUAAUCUCUUAACAGAAGGCCCAAGUAUAAAUUGUGCAGGGUUAGACAGAAUACAUUUUCCUGACAAGGUCUUGCUGACAAUCUUUAUUAUAUAAUAAAAUCCCAUUGUAUUAAAUCACUAACUCAAAGUGUGAGCUUCUUUCCAUAUUUCUCAAAAUCCCAUUUUGUAUUCAUACAAUAAUUUCUGCAAAUCCAAAAGCUCUUGCAUUACCACAGCUUACUAUCAAAAUUAUUAAUCAAAGCUCCCUUUCUCAUUUGCUAGGUUCAAUCUGCUAUUGUUUAGCUGGCUGCUGGGAAGCUUAACACUGCUCUUCAUGAAGUAAUAGCUUGACAAAAAUAAUUUAAGCUAUUUUCCAGAAUCAGAAUCAGAAUCCUUUAUUGAUCCCAGAGGGAAAUUGCAGUUGUUACAGUUGCAACCAUUUAUGUAAAAGAAUAAACACUUUAAUAACUUAAAACAAAGAUAA